AUGGCGUCCGAUCGCCUACACCAAUCAGGUUGCUCUACUGAGAAGCGGCGCUUCCUCCCUCCCCGCCAAGGAUCUGUGCGGUCCGAGAGUUCCGGUGUAGCCAAUCAGAGCGUCCUCCACACACGAACGCGUGACGUCAGAGGGUGUGCUUGUGUCUCCGCCCGGGGUGGACUUUCGUUCCCAUUUCUUCUAGUGGAGGAAGACGACUUGUGUGUACUAACAUCUCUGCUGGAGGAGAAUGAGGCAGCAGCUGUGCCCUGUGGCUCGGAGGAAAAUGAGAAGUCCUCGUCUCUGGAGGAAGGUGACCCUGAUGAAUUCGAUGAGCUUUUUGAUGCUGACGGCGAUGGUGAAUCUUACACAGAAGAGGCCGACAGUGGGGAAGAGGGAAAGACCGGGGACCAGGAGGAACGGUUGGCCACUCUCUUUGGUGAUGUGGAGGACCUAACAGAUGAUGAAGUUCCUACGUCGCAAGUUGAAGACAGCAGUGUCCCCCCUGCUCCUGUUCGCAGCCGAGAGAAAACCAAUCAGGAGUUGCAAGAUGAAUUGAAGAAGUUGCAAGAGCAGAUGAAAUCCUUACAGGAGCAGCUCAAAGCUGCAUCACUUCAACAGCCUCCAAGUUCAGCCCGUUUGCACGAACCACCCGGUGCAUCUCUGCGGCCCCCGCCUAAGGAGAAGAAAGUUCGGAGAAUUCAGGAGUCGGUGUGCUUUUCUGCAGAGCUUGAUGCGCCUGCCUUACCCAGGGCCAAGCGGGUGGCUCGAGUGCCAAAGACUCCUGCAGAGUCAUCUUCAAGGACAAGUGCACCCUCACAACCACUGCGGGUUAUUUCCAGUUUCUUAGAGCCUAAAAGCUCUCCGUCUAGGUCAACAAGCAUACCCUCACCUCAAGCUGUUCCUGGAAACAAAUGCAGUGGGAUGACUAAAAAUCAAAGCAAGGCAACCCCCGGGAAUCCGUCCCUGCAGGUUCCCCAGGUCUCUGUGGAAGCUUUCUCAGGCCUACGCCUCAGGCGACCUCGAGUCUCCUCCACAGAGAUGAACAGGAAGAUGACAGGUCGGAAACUGAUCAGACUGUCUCAGAUCAAGGAGAAGAUGGCAACGGAGAACCUGGAAGAGACAGACUGGGUGACAUUUGGGGUUAUCCUGAGGAAGGUCACGCCACAGAGCGCUAACAGUGGGAAAACGUUUAGCAUCUGGAAACUGAACGACCUUCGUGACCUGACCCAGUGUGUGUCCUUGUUUCUGUUUGGAAAUGUUCACAAAGAUCUCUGGAAGACAGAGCAAGGGACCGUCAUAGGGUUGCUCAACGCAAAUCCCAUGAAGCCCAAAGAAGGCUUGACGGAGGUGUGCUUAUCUAUCGAUCAUCCUCAAAAAGUCUUAAUUAUGGGAGAAGCUAUGGAUCUGGGGACCUGUAAAGCCAAGAAGAAGAAUGGAGAGCCAUGCACACAGAUAGUCAACUUGCAUGACUGUGAGUACUGCCAGUAUCAUAUCCAGGCCCAGUACAAGAAGCUCAGUGCAAAGCGGUCCGAUCUGCAGUCCACUUUCUCCGGGGGACGGAUUCCCAAGAAGUUCCGCAGAGGCACCAGCCUGAAGGAGCGGCUGUGCCAAGAUGGUUUCUACUAUGGCGGGGUUUCUUCAGAAUCCUUCGCAGCCUCCAUGGCGGCAGCCAUUGCUCCUAAGAAGAAGGUUCAAACCACGCUGACCAAUCUGGUUGUGAGGGGCACAAGCUCAGUCAUCCAGGAAACAAAACAGAAGCUGGGAAUUCCCCAGAAGAGCUUGUCUUGCUCAGAGGAGUUCAGGGAAUUGAUGGCCCUGCCCACAUUUGGAGCCAGAAACUUACAAAAGCAUUUAGCCAGAGCCAAGUCCUCAGGGAGCCCCAAACCUGCCAUCCAGUCCAUCUCAGCGUCGGCCCUCUUGAAGCAGCAGAAACACCAGAUGCUGGAAAUGCGGAAGAGGAAAUCAGAAGAAAUACAGAAACGGUUCCUCCAGUCCUCAAGUGAGGUCCAGAGCGCAGCAGUGCCGUCUUCCUCUCGACAGCCUGCUGCCCAGUCCCCUCGAACUGGGGCUGAGUUCCCCAGGUUGGAAGGAACGGAGGCCCCGCGGAUGCCCAAGCUGGGCAGAGGCAUCUCAGACGGGGACGACGUUCUCUUCUUUGAUGAAUCACCACCACCAAAACCAAAGCUGAGCGCAGCAGCGGAAGCUAAAAAGUUAGCUGCUAUUGCAAAAUUGAGGGCAAAAGGCCAGAUUCUUACAAAAGUAGAUCCAAACAAUAUUGUAAGGAGGCAAAUGGACCCCCGAGAUGUGCUGGGCGUGAAGGAGCGUGCAGAGAACAGCAACACGGUUUCCCCUGAAGAUGACCUGGAGCCCGCCAGGAAGAAAAGGAGAGAGCAGCUUGCGUACUUAGAGUCGGAGGAAUUUCAGAAAAUCCUAAAAGCAAAGUCCAAGCACACAGAUGUCCUGAAAGAGGCUGAGGCUGAGCUACAGAAAUCCUAUUUUGAGCCACUGGUGAAAAAAGAACAGAUGGAAGAAAAGAUGAGAGCUAUCCGGGAAGUGAAGUGCCGCGUGGUGACGUGCAGGAAGUGUGCCUACACCCACUUCAAGCCUCUGGAGACCUGUGUCAGUGAACAGCAUAACCUCCACUGGCAUGAUGGUGUGAAAAGGUUUUUCAAAUGUCCUUGUGGAAACAGGACUAUCUCCCUGGACAAGCUCCCAAACAAGCACUGCUGUAACUGUGGCCUCUACAAGUGGGAACGGGAUGGAAUGCUAAAGGAGAAGACUGGUCCAAAGAUCGGAGGAGAAACCCUGCUGCCACGAGGGGAAGAGCACGCUAAGUUUCUCAACAGCCUUAAAUGAUGCUUCCGACACCUCCCGACCGGCCUUACCUCUGUGGCUCUGAGAAGCAAGAGAUUGGCUCCAUGCCGCCCAUUUCCCUGAUUGACACCACGAGAAAGAAGUGCUUGGUAGUCAGUGCCUACUCUUUCCUCUGUGUGCUGGCUGACACCAUGUUUAACAUCAGUGACUCUGUGGCCUCUCCCCGAGGUACAGAUGCCUGCCUCACAGCAGCCACACAGAUUUUUGCCUCAGAACAGAACGGUGUUUCAAGCUCUGCUUCUGGGUCCCUUCGAGUGUUAAUGUGGACACCGAGAGACAAAGGGCUAGCACGGUACAGUUAUCUCCCCAUCCCAUCCCCGGGCCUUGUGUGGAAAGCAAAGCUUGACCCACGUGUCUGUGACAUCCCAACACUCGGCUUCUGGAUGAUGAGUUUCAGUGCUGACGUUGGAGGCCACGGUCUUUCCUUCUGUCGCAUAUGAUUUCAGCUUUUUUUUGAGGUGGAGUCACUAGGCCAGUUUGGGACUCAGUUUCUUCGUAUAGAGAAGGAAGUUGCUCUGCCUACAGUGCUGUGGGGCUCGGAAAUGCCUAAGCUCUCUUCAGCCUGUAGCGUGGGUUUAUUUAAAAUAAAGUUCGAUGCAACUAAUAAAA